AUGACGGAGGUUUCGUCCACUCGACUGUAUCUCGGGAACCUCCCCCGCAAUGUUACAAAGCAGGACAUUGAAGAGCACUUCAGCACUCAUGGUUCGGGUAAGAUUACCGAGAUCAAACUGAUGAAUGGCUUCGGCUUCAUCGAGUACGAGGAUGCCAUGGAUGCCCGCGACGUUGUUCCUGCCUUCCAUGGCAGCGACUUCAAGGGUGAACGAUUGACUGUGCAGUUUGCUCGUGGUCCCCGGCGCAAGGAGACAUUCCCUGGUCCACCGGACCGCCCCGCCGCGCCUCGUCCACGCCGCACCAUGUUCCGGAUGCAGAUCUCUGGUCUCCCAGAAACAAGCUGGCAGGACCUGAAAGAUUUCGCCCGUCAGUCCGGACUGGACGUUGUCUACUCGGAAACUGGUCGUGAACAAGGAAAAGGGUUUGUUGAAUUCGAGACGGCCAACGACUUGAAGACCGCCGUGGAAAAACUUGACAAUCGAGAUUUCAAAGGCGCUCUUGUGUCUUGCAUUGCGGAUAUUCAGACAAACUUUGAUGACCGUCCCUUCCGGGAGCCCUAUCGGUCUCGCUCCCCACGCCGAGCCUACCCACCCGUGGAAGAAUAUGACAGAAGAUUCCCAGCCCCACGUGGAUACAGUCCCCGGGAUCACUACCGUGAAAGAUCGCCCAUUCCCCUGCGACGGGAGUAUUAUGACCGAGAGGGCUAUGGGCGUCGCACUCCUCCACCGCCACGACCUAGGAUGGAGGACUACCCGCCUCCGCGUCGUCCCUAUGAUGAGCACCCUUAUGAAGCUCGUCCUCCGCCGCCUCCUCCGCGACACUACGAGGACCCAUAUCUUGCGGCACGACCCUAUGCUCGUCCCCGUUCUCCACCCCGGAGUGAUUACGUUGGAUACGAUCGCCCUCGCUACUGGUAG